CAGAUCUUCUUCUCGACUGAUCACAGGCAGCUGUCACACAAACACAUUAUGUCUGUUAUCAGUCUGUCUGUUCUUCUGAUCGGUCUGCUGUCUGUCGGCUCUGCCUGUUAUAUCUCCAACUGUCCAAUAGGAGGCAAAAGAUCACUUACAGAACUUACGUCACACAAGUGUAUGACGUGUGGUCCCGGGAAUAAAGGCCGAUGUUUUGGUCCCAGUAUCUGCUGUGGAGCCGGUCUGGGUUGUCUGGUGGGUUCUCCCGAGACUCUGAUCUGUAUGGAGGAGAAUUAUCUGUCCAGUCCCUGUGAGACCGGCGGGAGUUCCUGUGGAUCUGAUGGUGGACGCUGCGCUGCUCCGGGGAUCUGCUGUGAUUCACAGAGCUGCAGCGCAGAUCAGACCUGUUUGACUGAAGAUAAGUCUGAUCAAGAGAACUCUGAUGAAAACAUCUUGAUGAGGUUCCUUCACCUUCACACGGCCAGCAGAACCCAUUGAUGAGAACCCAUAACAGCCUGUCAAUAAAUCAAUCAAUGAGAAGAGCUCUCUUUCCCUCUUUCUUCCAGUCUUAUGCAUCCGCCUUCACAUCUCUUCAUAUCUAAUGAUGAUGUUCUCCAUUCAGUGCACAGAAAAAAGCUUUAGUUAUACUGACUGUAGAUGAAUGGAGAUCAUGUUGAAUAAAUCUAGAGAAUGAACCCA